AGAUAGACCGGAGGCAAACCCAGCCCUUUUUGGAAAACAAGCAACCGUGCGCAAACUGCUACUCUAUCUACUACAUUUUAAAAUCAACAACCAACGCCACUUCUCAUGGGUACCUACAUUCUAAUUUUGGCAUUUUUUAAUUUUUUAUAUCCAUCUUUCAACUGCCACUUCAAAGAUGGAUCCCAUUAAAACAGGAACAAAAAAAUGGUAGACAAAUCCUAAAUUGCAGGAUCUACUUAAACUGUCCGCCAAACAAAAAAGUUUUCUAAAAAUUACCAACCCAAAUCACUAGUAUCAGAAACAAAACAAAGAAAAACCAGCCAUUUUGAUUGGUUUCCAUUUUUAUGUGAAGUAAAAGUUUUCUCCACAUUGCUUUUGUUUGUUUUUUCAAUGCAUAAUUUUGUUAGUUACAAUGUAUUUGGAUUAGUUUGAUUCCAUUACAAGCAUUGUUCUUGAAGAGUAAGAUCAAUACAUGAGAAAGUAGAUCAAUUUAGAGAAAUAAAGAUGGGUCUUGACGUGAAGAACAUACAAGUUUGUAUAUGGAGAGUUCUUCAUUUUUUUGUUGUAUCUUCUUGUACAUUUGCAAAGAAAUACCCAAUUUUUUCGGGUAUUUUGUUGUUCUUUUCCAUUCUGUACAUGUUUCUUCUUCCUGUUUUCACCUUUCUAGUUUACACUUUGCCGAUUCUCAUCUUCAUUGUUGUGGUUUUUAGACUCAUUUUCCGUAUUCAUCAACAAAAUUUAAGAAAUGCAAAAGGGAUUCCUUCCCAGAAACCGACUUUUGUUGAGGACAAUAUCGUAGUAGAAAACUCUUCCACACAACCCCUACCAGUUAUACGACGAAAUGUCAAAGAGAAAGACAAACAAGUGUUUAUGCAGGAGGGUGUGGAAGAAAAAGAUAUGGUGUUUUCAGCUAUUUCCAAUGAUGAUUUGGUUGAUAAAGCUGCUCUGAUAGAGGAAAACGCGAAAGAAAUACGAGAAGUGAAAGUGGAUUCUGUGAUUGAUCGUGCUGAGAGUUUGAUUGAUGCUUCUCAAGGGUCAAUGCCUGGACGUGGCAAUGUAUCUGAAGGAAUGAGUGACAAAUCCAAUGGCGGUGGAGGUGAGUUAGAGGUUGAAAGUUCAGAUGAUGCGGAAGAUGAAGAUGAGGAAGAGGCACAAGAGGAUGGAAACAAGGCUGUAGAAUGGACCGAGGUUGAUCAGAAAAAUCUUAUGGAUCUCGGGAUUUCAGAGAUGGAAAGGAACAAGAGGCUAGAGAGCCUAAUUGCGAAGCGAAGAGCAAGGAAAUUGUUGAGUAUACAGGUCAGAAGGACAUUGAUGAACAUGGGUAGCAAUGAUCCUUGUAGCCAAAUCGCUUCCAUUCUCAUACCAAAAGUUAACCAUUUCCCUCCUAAUAGUUCUGGUGAGGCUGCGGUUUCACCCACCCCUGGUUCAGCUCCAUCUGUUUUGUUGCCAAUGCAUAACCCUUUCGACCUUCCUUAUGAUCCUGAAGAGGAAAAACCUAAUCUCAUGGAGGACAAUUUUGAAGAAGAGUUUGUGGCCGCUCCCCAAAAGGACAUGAUGUUUUGCAGACACGAGAGCUUCAGUUUGGGGGCUUUCUUCCCGGGGCCAGUAGAAUUUGAUCAAAGUCGGCGUGAAACUUUUUAUUGUCCUAAUUUUGAUACCAAGCAUAGGGUUGCCGAGAUACCUGAAUACUCCGGAAUAAGAAAGCAAUCAGGUAAGGAAGAUCCCAGCAAGCAAAUUGAACCAGAAUCAUCUCAAGAAGGUGAGUCCAUGAUGCACAUUAACAGUUCUCGUGAUCUUGACACACAACAAGGCCAAGCCUCUGAACAAGUAUUUGACAUUCAUCAUGAAGAUGAUAGGAGUGAAGUUGACACAGAGUCAAACUUAGUCAGAGAUGCCAGUGGUGAGUCAAGCUCAUCAUCUUCAUCAGAUAUGAAUCCGCCAUUCUCCGAUGCUAACAAAGAACAAAUCUUAAAAUCCCUCAGUUUUUCAAUUCGGAAGAACAUAGAUAGAGAGAAUAAUGCUUCAAGAAAUGAGCUUUUAUAUGACGGCAUUCCAUCUUCAUUUGAGAAGAAAGGACGGGGGGAACGCUUUUUUUGUGCAGAUAAUGGGUAUGAUCACAAUCGUACACAUUCCAUAGCCUCUGACUUGCAAGUGGAGGUGUCAGACAUUGGUUCACCUACGUUGACAGUUGAUGAAACCAUCUCACCUUCGGAUGGAGAACAUUUGAUGUCUGAUGGGGAUGUGGAUUUGGACAAGCAGACCACUUGUGGCGGUGAGGAAGUGUGGGUCGCCUCGUCUCAGCUAUCCGAAGUGGACGAAAAUGAGUCUAGAUCAAGAGGAGUACAUGAGGUUAGUCAGCAAGAUCUUAUAGAAGUCGGAUUUUCAAGAAACAACAAGAAAUCUGAGGAUCUCAUUGAAUCAGACAUGUUGCCAGAAAAAGUAGUUGACCAAGAUUCCAUAGACACUAGUGUGUCAUCUUCAAAACUUGAAGUACCUGAGAGUAGUCAAGCCCAUUUAAUGGAUUUUAAUGGCAAAGCUCGUGAUGAGGUCCAAGCACAACCACCAAGUGCGGAAUUGUCAACUGAAAAAUUGGCUUCAUCAACACUUGAAGAUGCACAACAAUCAGCUGAGAAAACAGAGGUUCGCCCAUCUCAUUGUGUCAAUUCUGUAGUUGAACAAGAUUCCAUUGACACAAGUGUGUCACCUUCAAAAACUGAAUUACCUGAUGGCAGUCAAGCCCAUUUAAUGGUUUUGAAUGGCAAAGCUCAUGAUGAGGUCCAACCACCGAGUGCUUGUUCUUCAGAGGAUUUGUCAACUGAAAAAUUGGCUUUGUCAACACUAGAAAAUGCACAACAAUCAACUGAGAAAUUACAGGCUCACCCAUCUCACCAUAUUGAUUCUGGAAAACCAGAGAAGCGAUCUGAUUCACCAGAGAAAUCUACCCAGGAGGCGGAUAUCAUUCACGAUAUGAAUGAUCAAGUAGUCUUUGCAAAAGAUGACAGAGAAAUCAUGGAAUUUAUCAAAGACACAUAUGGUGAAGCCCCCAUCUUGACCAAGCAAGAGGCUCCAGAGGACCUGUCAGUUCGUACCAUGAACAAUACAGAACCUGCUGAGAUUACCGAAGGUGAUUAUGGACUUCCAGAAAGUGAUCAUUCAGAUUCUACUGAAUGUAUUGAAGGAGAAUUCAAAAGGCAAAGUGAACAGGGAUCAAAUUUGAUUGGGAAUAAGAAUAUCCAAGAUAGAGAAGAUGAACAGAGUGUUGUAGAUGUUGGAUCUUUUGGGUAUAACUGGAAUUCUACUGAUCCAAUUGCAUCAGUAAUGCAGCCAGAAAUAAUAGCCAAAGAAGGUCCUCCUGAUUCAAGUUUAUCCUUGUCCCCCACUUCUGUGACAGAGGGAAACGUUCCAAUUAGUGAAGUCUCUUUGUCAGAUUUUGAUCACACAACACAAACGAAGGACCAUCAAUCAAGUGCAGAUAUGGUAGAGAAUAAUUUUUCGGAUAAACUAUUGCCUGAAAGCUCAAUUCUAACAGUGUCUAAUGAUAGAGAUCUUGAAAAACCUCAGGGAGACCAUCAGACCUUCUCGGAGUCAUAUAAACCAGUUGAAGAAAACGUAAAUUCGAAGUCAUCUGAAGAUUUUGAAGCACAGCUUGAAAAGAAAGCUAAACUUAAGGACUCCCCAUCAAGGGAAAUUGAGAAAAUGGACAUAUCGGAAUCAAUUCAAGAUAGAGAAUGUGAACGAGGUGCUAUGGAUGUUGGCUUUUCUGGGGUUAGCCAGAGUUCUAACGAUCCCAUUCCAUCAGCCAUGCUGCCAGAAUCGAUGGUUGAAAAAGUUCCUAUUCCAUUAAGUUCAUCCUUGUCUCCUAAAUAUGACUCACACAAAAUGGCUUCAAUUGAGCAAACCUCCUCAUCGUGCACUGAUCCAGAGACGCACCUAAAGGUCCAAAAUUCUGAUGAACAGAUGGCAGAAAUUAAUUCGUUGGACAAUUUGCUACCUGAAAAUUUAACUCCACUGGCCCCUCAAAAUGCAUUGAAUUUGUCACUGGAUUCAACAGCUAACCCAUCUUAUGAUAAAGAUCAUAAAGAACUUCAGGAACCAUCUAAUCCUCCUAAAGAGUCUACCCAGGAGUUGAACUCCAUUUCCGGUGUGAAUGAUUCAGAAGUCCCUGCCAAUGAUGACAUGAGAAAUUUGAAAACCAUCGAUGACGUAAAUAGUGAAUCCCACAUAUUGCCCAAGGAAGCAAAUGCAGGGGCCCUCUCAAGAAUACCUGAGGAAAGAAUAUCAAAUUCUAUUGACAUUGAGUAUAUUGAAGGCCAAUCUGGAAAAAGGGGUGAAGAUCAAAACAUGUUGGAGUCAUAUAAACCAAUUGCGAAUGAUUAUGAAGGAGAGCAUUCAAAUCAGGCUGACUUUGAAAAUAUAGCAGUGACUUCAAACUCAGUUCAGAACAAUGACAUUUUGGAAUCACCUGAAGAAAGUGAACAAAAAAUUGUAGAAAUUGGAAUAUAUGGGGUUUGCCCAAGUACUGAUGGACCCAUUGCAUCGGUUAUGCUGACAGGAACUGCAGAAAGUGGACUAUUUGGGUUUAACCAAAGUUUGAUUAGUGAUCCCAGUCUACCAGCUUUGAUGCCAGAAAUCAUGGUUGAACAUGUUCCCAUCAUCACAAGUUCAUCCUCGUCACCCAAGUCUGUGUUACAGGAAAAUUUCCCUAUUGAUCAAGCCUCCAUAUCAAGUUUUGAUCAGGAGACACACAGGGGGGUCCCACAAUCUGAAACAGAGAUGGAAGAAAAUAAUCUGUUGGAUGGGUUUCCACCAGAAAAUUUAACAGCGACUAUGCCUAAAAAUGCACUGCAUUUGAUGGAAGAUUCAACAGGCAAUUUGCAGGAACCACCCAAUUCUCAUGGGAAGUCCACCAAAGAAGACAGUCUCAAUUGUAAUAUAAACGAUUCAACGAGUAAUGAGAAUGAAGAAAAAUUGAACUCAAAAUCUGUUGAAGAAGACGAAGGGCAGCAAAAAUUAUUAAUCAAGCAGGAGGCUCUUGCUGAUCCAAUGGCACCGUCUGAUGUAACCAAUAUUGAAGGUCCUGGAGGCAGACUUGAACAAUUGACUAACACUGGAGAUGUUAUUGGCAAGUCAAAACCAAUGGAACCAAAUGAGAAUUCAGGAACCAGUAAAAGAAUUGCAGAGUUUGAAGAAUCAAUGAAAUCUAAUGAUGUUGGAGGCCCAUCAAUGCCAACUAACAGCAAAGAUAACUUCGAAGCCAGUGAAGUUGUUGAAGGCAAAUCCAAAAAUUUGACUGCGUUUGAAGCAAAUGAUGUUUGUCUAUCCAAACCAGAAGAUCAAAUUGACGAUUCAAUUAUUUCUUUAAAUUCUAAAGAAAGAGAGGAACAGUCUAGAGCUGAUCCGGGGAGGUCAAUUGGGGAAGACAAUAUAAUUUCCAAUGAGAAGGAGUUGGUACUCAAUGCCAAGGUUAGUGAGGAGGACUUGGGAUCUAGUCUUGGUGACACUGAAGCUGAAUCCCAAAGAUUAAUGAGAUCAGUGGAUUUUGCUGAACAAUCAGAAAAGGAAGAAGUAGUUGAUUCAAGUACUAUCGAAAAUGAUGAAGGCAAAUCCAAUAAACCGACUGAAUCUGAACCUACGGUGAGGAAUGAUGAGUUACACAACACCAAAGAUACUGAAGACAAUAGAAAAUCAAUUGAUCAUGAGAAUGUCAUGCCCAAGACUGGUCAGGGCAGUGAUGGAUUGGACCAUCUAGAAAAAAGCAAAGGCAAAACCAAAGAUUUGAUUAAAGAUGAUGUUUAGUAGCAUAAUCUGUCAACCACAACUUUAAAACCAUCGGGAUCAUGAGGAAAUGAUCACAACACAGAGGCAGAAAACAAAUACAGAGAAGAGCCUGCAUGAUUUGAAAAGGUUGAAAAUGUCAUGUUCCGAGCCUUUUUUUUUUUUUUUUUCUUCUUUUGGAGCCAAAAGUACUGAUUGACCAGAGUAAGUCAGCUAAUCAAUUGUUGUUCACAGGAAAUAGUGAGAUGGGUAGAAAUCAGAAGUCCUCUGAUUUUGGUUCUUAAUGUUUUGCAUUUUGACCUCUGAAAUUUGCUAAAGCUUCAUAGGAAGAAGCCAUUGUCGAGAAUUUCUUAAUGCUGUAUUUUGUAGUUUUAUAAAUAGUAAAUAUUGGAAGUUUUUGUUUACAAAUAUAAUACUCAAUAAUA